AUGUCGUCGCAAGCAGUUUCCUGGUUGUGUCCGCCGAGCUUCUCAAGGUGUUCGUGGAGCGGUGGCGCCGCUGCAACCGCUCUUUGGUCGACAGCUCGCUCUCUGAGAGCACACGCUCCGACUCGAACAGGAUUUUAUGUAGAAUCGCAUCCACGGAAGUUCACAAGGAACCCAGACACUGGAUCAAGGCUGCUGGGCCCGCGACACCGGCACGUCGGGCGCUGUCGACGGACUGUCGAACGCUCACAGAGGCACUCUCUGGGUGCCUGUUCCCUUCAGUUCAUCCAGGAGGUUGCAGAGACCUACGCAGACGGAGCCGCUUUGCGUCGCGCGGAUCACGCACUAUCGUCAAGUUCGCGUUCAUUCUGGGUUAUGCCUGCCACUCAAGAGGCAUACGCGCGUGCAGUGGACCUCGCUUUUCCCGUUCUGGUACACGAGCAUGCGACAACCUGGGGAGAGUGGAAAGAGCCAACCACUGAUGCACGAUAUAUUGUAGCACACGGAACCUGUCCACGAUUGGUGCGGGAGCAGCGCACCGGUGCUACAUACGCAGUAUUUUACGAACUGCAGUCCGCGGAAGAUGUGCACGCUCUGGAAGAAAACCUGCCUUGCCGCUCUAUUGUCAUGGUUGAAACGAAAGACUGGGAACUCAUACCCGUUGAAAAUCUGGUCAGCGUAGCGUAUCAGAGACAAACGAGUAUACUCGUUGUCGUGUCGACGACGGGCAUGGCUGAGGCACAGCUUGCAAGCUUAGAGCGCGGUGUCCAUGGCGUUAUUCUGGCCACAGGGAGCGCCAGCGCCGUUGAAUCCUUCGCUAGUCUACGCAAUCGUUAUCAACGGCUCGAAAACAGUCUCGUAUUGGAUCCAGCUGUGGUUGUGGACGUGCGCGAAGCUGGUGUUGGCGAGCGUGUUUGUCUUGACACCUGUUCGCUGCUGGCGUUUCACGAAGGGUUUCUGGUGGGCUCCAGCGCCUCCACUCUGGCCCUGGUGCUCAGCGAAGCUGCUCAGAACCCAUACGUUGCUAGUAGGCCUUUUCGCGUGAAUGCCGGUGCCGUCCAUUCGUACAUCCUUGUCCCCGAUGGCUCGACCAAGUAUCUCUGCGAGCUGCGAGCUGGCGAUGAACUCCUUGCGGUGGACGCCCGCUCGGGUCGAAGUCGCUCUGUAACGCUUGGACGAGCGAAAAUCGAGCGUCGUCCGUUGCUACUCGUGCAGCUAAGUCUCCAUGCGGACGGUACGGGUGCCGCUGCCGGCAACAAGACGGAAUCGUGGAGCGGCGACAUCGCCGGGAACGUCAUCGUCCAGAACGCGGAGACUGUGCGCUUCGCGAUGCCCACGACCUCAGGUACGUCCUCUAGUCAGCACGGGAAUGUUGCGGUGACAAGUCUGAAUAGAGGACAGCAUCAGGUUUUGGUGCAUCGACCGGCGCGAGACAGUAACGGUACCAUAGCGCGCCACCUUGGACGCCCUGUUCAGGAAUUUAUCCUCGAGCAAUAG